UUGUGUACUAGUUUAUUGCUUUCUUUUUCUUUAUAGAAUAGAAGAAAACCAACGCCUCUUCCCAUUUAAGACGCUUCCUAAACGCGUCUAUACAUACAAACAUUCUAUGCGUACAUAUUGUUAUGUGUAUCAUAUAACACAUCAUUUCUUUCCUGAAUUCAUCAAUAGAAAUGUAUACUGUAUUCCAAGGGGCUUUCACUCCGGAUUUCACCACAUCGCCGAGAGAUGUAUAUGCAUACGUGUUUGUAUGAAUGUCUAUAAUUGAGCUGUUAAUUUCUAUGUUGGGGAUUUUCUUUCUCAGACACAGGACUUAAAAAACCUGGAUGCUUCUGGAUGGCAUUCCCUCCCACCUUUUUGACAAAUGACCAUAUAAAGUGCUUGUUCUUGUCAAGUUUAAUUGUUUCUUUUCACCCCCUUUCAUAUACCAAGACAAGACAAAUGGGCUACAUUAUGAUAUGAUCCUGCAAAAGCUGUGGUAUCUGCUCUGAUAGAUGCAUGAUUGCAUGGUCAGAUGGCCAGGCAAAGCAAUGGUAGGAAGAAGGCACGAUCUAAGUGUAUAGAUUCUGAUCAGUCUGAUGAGGAUUACAUGAUUGAUGAAAAUGAGUGUGAUGAAUCAGAGGAUGAAUACUCCUCUUUCAUCGAAGAUGAGUCUGAGGAGUGUGUAGGUACAUACACAGAUGUUAAAAAAGAGAAAGUGGCGAAGAGGAAGAAGGCGAGGAAUGCAGUUAGACAAAGAGCAUCAAGGACAAAGAAAGAGAGAUCUGUAAGACCUAGAAAAAGGAAAAGAGUUUCAUACAGAGAAGUUGAUGCUGAAGACGAUGACAAUGAUGACGAAAAUGAUGAGGACUUUAAACCAAAUGAGGUUCUUGGUGUACAUGAUGAAGCUGAGUUGACCAUAACAAAUGGGAAUAAAAUGUUGUGCCGGACACGUCUGCACAGUGUCAUUUCCAAAGAUGAUGACACUGAAUACACACCAGAUGAUGUUGAUGGUACAGAUGCUGAAGAAGAAGAAGAAGAAGAAGAAGAAGAAGCACUGCCUAUGACAAACAAAAAGUCUGGUAAGCUGCGAUUGCGCAAGUGCAUUCCCAAUAUGAAAGAAGAAGAAGAAGAAGAAGAAGAUGAUGAUGAUGAUGAUUACGAUGAGGCUGCUGAUGAAGAAUUCACAAUAGAUGAGGUUGAUGGUGCAUAUGAUGAGGAAGAUGUGUUUCCUGUGAUCAAAAGCAGCAAGAAGUUGAGAAAGAGACGAUUACAUAAGGGAAUUGCCAAAAGUGAAGAGGAUGAUGACGGUGACGAGGAAUUUAAACCAAAUGAGGUUGAUGAAGUUGAUGGUGUAUAUGAAGAAGAAGAAGAGUUUCUCUUUCCAUCGGAGAGCGAGACGCGGUUGCAAAGAGGCAUUUCCAAAGGACAAGAAUAUGAUGAUGAUGAAUAUUACUCCACUCUAGUUGAGGUUGAUGACUUUGAUGAAGAAGAAGAUGGUAUGUCCAUGAUGAGAAGGAGUAGGAAGCUCCACCGGACAUGUCUAGACAAGGGCAUUGCUAAAGGGAAACAGUGUAACACUACUACCUCUGAAGUCUCAAUGAAGAUCACAAGGGGGAAAAGGAGAAGUAAAUGCGGAGUGAAGAAGAGAGGAAGAGUUGAUGAAGAUGUGAAGUUAAAUAGUAUUACCUCUGAAAAAGAAACGGAUAAGAUCACUAAUGAAGAGAGGAGUAAGAAGCUAAUUGUACAUUCAGAUUCGGAUUCUAGAAAUUCUGGGCCCUUGGACUAUGUGUACAGUAUCUCUGAAGAAGAGAGAGAACAAGUUAGAGAAGCUGGUGAAUUUUGUGGUGGCUUGACUUCUAGUUGGAGGUGUCCAGUUGUCCCAAAGGAUUUAUUGGAACAAGAAAGGGCACAGCUUCAAAAGAAGCGGUCAAGAAGAAAAGAUAAGGCGAAGGUAGAAGAUUGGAAGACUGAAGCAGGAAAGCAGGUUUGUGGAAUUUGUUUGUCUGAAGAAGGUAAAAGAAGAGUUCGAGGAACUUUGAAUUGUUGCAACCACUACUUCUGCUUCGCUUGCAUCACGGAGUGGUCAAAGGUUGAGUCUCGUUGCCCCCUCUGCAAGCAAAGAUUUGUCACGAUCAGCAAGCCUGCAAAAUCAAAUACUUGUUUAGAUUCAAGGACUGUAGUUAUUCAAGUCUCUGAACGUGAUCAGGUAUAUCAACCAUCUGAAGAGGAACUUAGGGGGUAUCUUGAUCCAUAUGAAAAUGUCAUUUGUACUGAAUGUCAACAAGGUGGGGAUGAUGCUCUAAUGCUUCUCUGCGAUCUCUGUGAUUCAUCUGCACAUACUUAUUGUGUUGGUCUUGGGCAUGAAGUACCUGAAGGGAAUUGGUACUGUGAGGUCUGUAGACCAACAACUGCUCUUGAUUCUCUGAACCAACAAAAUUUGAAUCUUCCUUCUGAGAGUAGAACAAGCAGCUUCUCUGUCAGAUCACCUACACCCCUCCACAUGCCAAAUGUGAGAGAGUCUUCUUUUGAUUUAAAUGAGAUGUACAUACCUGAGACUCCAUUAAACCAGGAAGUUUUUAAUGUUCCAUCUCCCAGAACUGCUUUCCCACCAUCAGGAACUGCCGCAACUGUUUCGGACAGGAGAAGGAUACAACGCCAAAUACACCUCAUCCUCAAUGACAGAAUGAGACAGGGGGGUGACAAUAGAACUACUGGGGUUCCAGCUGGUGUCACAGGGAAUUAUCUUUUUGGCUCUCAGAUUACAGGGUUAGCUCCUCAAACCCAUGUUUCCUUCCUUCAUGGAAGAAGGUUGCAGGGUAGUAGUAUCUCCGCUUUAUCGCAAAGUAGGAAUGCUUUUGCUGAAGCAUCCAGCCAUUUUAGUAUGCAACCGUUUCAAAACCAACCUUCUACAUCUGCUCACAGACCCUUUAGCGGAUUGUUGUUACAAGGAGCGGUUAACUUAGGAAUUGGUUCAGGGUUGGUUCAUCAGCAACUCCAUCCUUGCAGUAGCAGCAGACCUGACAUUGUGCCUGAUGCUCGCACAUCUCCUUAUCAAUUUAGAGAGGCUGCUGUACCUUCUAUGCCUUGGUAUGGAGGCUAUACACAUCAGUUUCGCUAACUGGAGUCUUGAGGGCCAGCCAAGUGAAGUUUUCAUAUAAUCUCCAGAGAUUGGGAACGUUUUGAUCUUAUAAUACACACAAGGUUAUCAUGUGUUGUUUAAAUUUAUCUGCAAGGAAUAUGGUGAACAAUCCUAACAACGGUCUAAUCUCCAUCUGCUUCGUGUUGUCCUUCAAGCCCUUUCUUCACAUUCAACACUUUCGCGCCGGCAUUUCCCUGCAUGUCUUCCUCACAUUGACACUUGUGCACUGACACUUGUGCACAUCCAUUUUCAUGCGAGUCGUACUCACAUUUUACCUGUCCAUUUUCUUACAGUAAUUAUUUCUUCGAUUUUCCCCAUACAGAUGCCGCAAUUGGUGUUCAAUUAUUUCCUCCUGCCUAUAAAUAUUAUGACAAAUUUCAUUCAUGGAUAAUCAAUGAGGCCAUGCACCUUGUCUCUCUAAUUUUUUAGUUCGAUUGACACAUUUUAUUUCUAGAAGUUGGUCCUCUUUACUGUUUUCCUUCUUAUAAGGAUAGACAUACUAACGCUAAUAGUAAUAAUAAUAGUUAUUAUCAGUUAUCACUAUCGAUGUUAUUAUAGACAAAUCUUCAUGUCCGGCCGGCCUGACGAGAACCACCUUCCGGCCGAGGGCAUUUGGGCACUUCUUGGUGGGAUUUUUUAUGAAAUUUUUUGAGCAUGUUCUUCAUGAAGUCUAGUUUAUCCAUACCAAAUUUCAGCUAAAAAUUCAACCGAGAAGGCACUCAAAUAAUUUCUUGAAGUUAACUGGCCAAUUUAUAUGUAUGAACUGCCCAGUUAACUUCAAGAAAUUAUUUGAAUGCCUUCCCGAUUGAAUUUUUAGCUGAAAUUUGGUAUGGAGAAACUAGACUUCAUGAAGAACAUGCCCAAAAAAUUUCAUCUAAAAAUUCCACCGGGAAGUACCCGAAAUGCCCUCGGCCGGACGGAGCAUCCCGUCAGGCCGGCCUGACAUGAAGACUACUCGUUAUUAUAUAUUAUGGUUAUUGUUAUUAUUAUGACUAAAGAGAAAGGCUAUCAUGUUUCCCCAACUAAUCCGAAAUAGUGGUGCAAGGUCUAGUAAUGUUAGUGAAGCCCGAUAUUAUUUUGUUUCUUACUCCGUAUGUAUUUUCUAAAUUAUUUUAUUACGUCUUCCAUUAUUUAGCCUUUUAUUAUAUCUAUCAUUUUUAUCUUUGUUUAACCUAUUUUGGUUUUUAUUUUUCUUUAUUAUUAUUAUUGUUGUUUAUUACUUUCUCCAUAUUGUAUUGUUUGCUACAAUAGCAUGUCACCGCAAAUUAUAUGGUACAGCCGGCUGUACCGUGCGCACGGUACAGCCGGACUUUUAGUUUGCGAAUUGCAGGCUUCCAUCGCAGACUUCCGUCAUGGCAGGGCUUCCAUCGCAGACUUCCGUCAUCGCAGGGCUUCCAUCGCAGGCUUCCGUCAUCGCAGGGCUUCCAUCGCAGGCUUCCAUGGCCGAUCAUCCUUGCUCCGUUGCUCGCCGCCUACUAGCACCUCUCCCUUUUUCGACAACCGCAACCCUUCAGCAGCUCUCCUUCAGCUUCGUCCUUAACUUCGCACGUUAUGUUCCUUUCUUUUCCUUUUUCUCACACUGAUUAUUUUAGUUUGGUGGAUUUUGGGUCAGGGAUAACCUAGGUUGUACGUAAUUCUAAAGAUAUGAGCAUACGCAAAUAAAAGUUUGAGCAUGGUGGUGAUUUUAAAUGAGCCUAAAAGAAAUGAGUAUACGCCUAAAAGAAAUGAACUCACACAAACUAAUAUUGAACACAUUGAAAAUGAGUUUCAUGUAAAAUUGAAAUGAGUAUAACACCCAAAAUGAAUGAGCAUACUCAAAUGAGUUUUUUGAACGCUCAUUUCGUAAUUUAUGUAUACUCAUUUGAUAUUAGUACAAUACUCUUUUUAAAAUGUCAUAUUCAUGCAUAUUUCAAAAUGAGUUUUAAGUUAAAUUCAAAUGAGUAUUAUGCCCAAAAUGAAUGAACACACAAAAAUGAGUUUUUAAUAUUUUGAUACACAUUUUGUAAAUUAUGUAUGCUCAUUUGGUAUUGUUUUAUGCUCAUUUUAAAAUGAUGCACAUAUCAAAUAUACGCCCAAAAUCAAUGAGCAUACACAAAUAAAGUUUUGAAUUUUUUUAAUACUCAUUUUAUAAAUUAUGUAUGCUCAUUUGGUACUGUUUUAUGCUCAUUUUAAAAUGAUGCACAUAUCAAACGUAUCAUACUACAUUAGAUUCACAUAUUGAAAUUAAUUAUAAACAUAAUUUAAGAUUUUUAAUUUUUAUAAAUGAAAAAAUCAUAAAAAGAAACCGAAUUAGAAAAUAUGAAGCAGAGAUCACUGGUGCUCAUUGUUAGGCUUUUAAUACUCAGAAGAACAGGCUCGAUGCUCAUCAAAAUUACAUCAAUGCUCAUUUACGAGAAACCACGAACUUCAUGAAAAUUACAAAACUGCCACCGACUGUACGGUGCCAGCCGUACAGCCGGUUGUAUGGUAUACGCUCCCUGUCACAUGUCAAUUGAUUGUGAAUUAUGAUUGUAAUUGUUGCUUAAUAAUCUCUCUGUUUUACAAAUUUUUUUCCCAAUUUUAUGAGCAGGCUUUGUGUAUAGGUGAGUGCGGUUUUGGCUCACAGCUUACUACAUUGAAGGGGCCAUAAAAUUAUAAUCCUUCCGUCUCAUUAUUAUUAUUCUAGUCGUAUACCAAAUUUGAUAAAGUUAUUGCGGUUUUAAGUUAUUCUUAUUUUAUCAAUUCAUGUCAAUCAUAUAAGUGACUCAUUUUUCUUAGUAAUCGCACCAAUUGCUAAUGUCCCAAUGUUAGUGGAACGUAUAUAGUAUAAGUGUUUUUGAGUAUUUAAAUUGAAAGUUUCAAGAAUGUGUUUAAUAUAGGGUUAUUCUCGGAGACUCUUCAAUCAUUACGUCCAAUUGAUAAUUCUUUUUUGAAAGGAAUUAACUUAAUUAUUACUAGUAUUACUAUAAAGAUAAUAACAAGAACAAUCACAAUCAUGUAAUUCAAGGUUACAAUGAGAUGAAACAUAGAAACAGACGAUUCAAAUAAAAAACACCAAAUCGCUAAUCCUGCAAAGAAG